AUGGCGGCGGGCGAUGGGGACUUGAAGCUCAGCACCCUGGGCGGCGGCGGCGGCGGCGAUAGUAGCAGCAGCAGCGGCGGAGGCGGCGGCGAGGCCGGCGGCGAGGCCCCGGCGGGCGGCGCGGAGGAGGGCAGCGGCGGCUGGACGCUGUGGCCUGCGGGCGGCGGCGGCAGCGAAGGCGGCGGCGGGAUGCUGCUGAACGUGCUGCUCGUGCUGCUCGUGCUGCUUGGGGCCUACCGGCUGUGGGUGCGCUGGGGCCGGCGCGGGCUGGGUGCGGGCGCGGGCGCCAGCCCGGACAGCCCGGCCGCCGCGCUGCCGCGCAUGAAGAAGCGCGACUUCAGCCUGGAGCAGCUGCGCCAGUACGACGGCGCGCGCACGCCGCGCAUCCUGCUCGCCGUCAACGGCAAAGUGUUCGACGUGACCAAAGGCAGCAAGUUCUACGGCCCCGUGGGACCAUAUGGAAUAUUUGCUGGUAGAGAUGCCUCCAGAGGACUAGCAACAUUCUGCCUAGAUAAAGAGGCGCUCAAAGACGAAUACGAUGAUCUCUCAGACUUGAAUGCUGUACAGAUGGAAAGUGUUAGAGAGUGGGAAAUGCAGUUUAAAGAAAAAUACGAUUAUGUCGGCAGACUCCUAAAACCAGGGGAGGAACCAUCAGAAUAUACAGAUGAAGAAGAUACCAAGGAUCACAAUAAACAGGAUUGAACUUGGUAAACAACCAAAGUCAGGGGCCUUCAGAACUGCAACCUCUUUUAAUUCCCUUUCACAGAAUGUCCUGCAUCUUUGGGUUUGGUUCAUCUGCUGCGAGAAAAAAAACAAAACUUUCAACAGAUUUUGUACAAGAAAAUGUGUGGUCUUGCUCCAGAGCUCUGACUGCUAGACAUCAUCCGUGCUGCCAAACAUUUGUUGGAGUUGUUUGUGGCAUCCAGUGCGGCUGCGUCACUGAAGAGACGGGGGCAGGGAUUCUAGAAGGUGUAACAAAACCACCCAGCUGUCCCUCUCUGGUGAAUCACAGACACCUAGUAGCAUUUGCUGCUCUAGAAUUGUGCCGGUCUCUCUGAAAAACAGCAUGGAUAUGGUUCUUAUGUGCUGUAUUUUUGUUUCAGCCUUGAGGGAAAACUCUUGUGUACAUCCAUCCGUUUGAGUAGUUGGCCUACUGAAACAUUAAAAUGUGAAUUUCCAAACUUUUGUCAUAGAGGUGUUACUAGCUCUGGCAAAAAAAAAUAAAUAAAUAAACACAUAAAUGAAAACAACACUUCAGUCCUAAGAAACCUUGACAGAUUAGAAGGGGGUUAUCAGGUUGUCCUUUUCCCAGGUGGAUUUAUGUCAAAACUAAUUUCCCAGCAUCAAGAACCCCGAAGCCAGUCUUUACCCCUUUCUUCAAAUCAAAUCAACAUGAAUUGUGCCUUAUUUCAUUUAGGUGUACUUGGAUUGUUUUAAGGAGAACCCCACCUGUGAUGUCAGAAGUCACUACAAGCAGCGUUGAGACUGAAGCUGAGAAUGUUGUGUUGACUGGAAACCUUGAUGUCAUUCUGUGUGCAUAGAAUGUAAAAGGGAUAUUCAGUGUUACUGCCGUAUCUGUUAAUGUACAUGAACUUAUAAUUAGCAUUGCAAUGGCCAAAUACACCCUCCAUGAUCUUUUUUUUUUUUAAUUGAAAACAAACAAAAAGGAACCUCCCUAUCCCCCAAGCAGCUGCCUAACCAUGGGAGCCCAGCCCUUGCAUCUCCUGAUGGUGUGAGUGUGCAGGGGGAUUGUGUGGCUGGGUGUCUGCAGGUGUGUCUGUCUUAGUGAGAGUGCAUGCGUGUGCGUGUGUGAGUGUGUGAGAGAGAGCCUCGGAAGGGGCUGCUUCUGCAGAUGUUGUAAAUAUAAAUGCCAUUUUAAUAAAGCAUGUACAAUAAACCAAAAUAAGUUUGAGUUGAACUUUAUAUACAGAGUGUAAGUCUGAGUUAGGCUUUUGUUGGCCAGGUUUGUGCUAUCAGCUGAGGAUAAGGAAAACUCUUAGUCAUAAAAAGUUGGCAUUGUUAGCUGUUGGUACCACAUCCACUGGAACUUCAUGAAUUCUCAAGAAAAAUCUGAGGUGAUUCAGGUAAGAACUGGUUUAUUAAAACAUACCUACUUCCCUCUAUGUUUGAUGACAUCAACCAGUAAUACACAGUGAAGGCACUCCAGGUAGCAAUAAUUGAAAAUAUGAUAGAAAAGGAAAUAUUCCCCCAUCGUUCAUGAAAUUCUCACACACCCAGAUUGAAAAAGCCCAUUUUCUGUCUAGUCAUUGGACUUCAUUAGGACUGCUUAGUUCGUCAGCUAGGUGACAAGUUGCCCCAGAAAAGCGAUCAUCUUUAAAAAGUCACCAAUUAAUGAGAUGACUUCUUUCUGUUGUACAGACUCGAUGUAUUCAGAAGCAGUCUCAAAGAGGCAAACACUAAAACUGCAAUAAAUUGAGCUCUAAUGGACAUGAACUACUAUGUUCUGUAUCCAGUUUUGGAAUGUUUUGUACAAAACAGUUGAACCUCAGACUAAUUUGUGCUAGGACUGAAAAAUGUUGGUGGAUGCUGUGUGUGUGUUUAUGUAAGACAUUUUCUAGGAAAAAAAAAUGUUAAGAUAGAUUUCUGUCACAAAUUGAUAUAUGGAUCACUUGAGCCCAAAGUUCAUAGUAAAUCUGCACUUGUGACUACUUCCAUUUUAAACUUGAUGCAGCAAAAGAAAAAAUUACACAGUUUGUUGAGAACAAAAGCAAUUUGUGUUUGAAUUUGAAAUAAACAGUGUUCUGUAGAUAACA